CAUAAAAGUAGAUGGGUAUUAAAGGGUUAACUCCUCGCGAGUCACCCUGUUUGAUCAUCAGCGCACCCUGUAGCUCGACCGGUGAGAGAGAAACGCCCCUAAAAAAACACAGAUCCUGCCGAGAGUGAAAGGUGUGAAGUGUGUGAUGCAGAGCUUAAAACUUUGUAUGAUAAUCACGAUAAUAUAAGUGCAUAAACAAGUUAAAUCCUAGCUAGACUGUCGGUCUGGUUCUGGACGGGUUUCUAACUGGUGUCACGGACGCAGGAUUUUGUUGUUUCCUUUGAAGCUCCGAUUGGUUUUUGAGGACCCUGGAUUGUGGCUUAGAGUACUAUACUCUUUGCUGGAAACUGAUGGCGAGCCAGUCCCAACGUCGAGACAUCCCAAAGACAGCCUGAACGCAGUGUGGCCAGCUGCGUCAGAUUCGUCCAACAGGAUCAGAGAUUCCAGAUUCCAGAUAAGGAAUAAUCAUCAUCACAUGCACUUUAUUCUACCCGGGUAGAGAGAGACAUUUAAGACUAAACCCAGACUAAAGACAUUUAUAUUUUUCUAUAUUUUGUUUUUGGUACAGAGCUCAUUUAUUUUUGGGGAAAACUUUAUAUUGUUGUAACCUGCAAGGCAAAUGUUUGCUACACUGUAAAUAAAUCUGCCAACUGUUAUUACCACUUAACCUUCUCCUUUCAUAUUUACUCCUCAGAACCUAGGUAAAUACUGUAGCUUCUUGGCCUUAAUUGAACACAAGUGCUACAUAAAUUUGGCGAGCCAGCCAGGAGCAGUUUGAAAUUUCAUAAAUACAGUUUGGCAGUUUUAUCAAAAACUUCACUGUUGCAAACAUUGCACUUACUUACCUGCAUUAUGGAUGUUGUAGAGUCUCAAGGUAUUAAGGUACCAAAUUCAGUUCUUAUCAGUGGGUUAGCUGGUACAGAGGUAGAUGAAGAGGUGAUCGAGUUCUUGAAGACAUAUGGGUCAAUUUCAAGAGUAGUGAAGGUUGACAGUUCUGACCCUGAGUUUAAGAACACAGCAAUAGUUGAGUUUCAGUUCGGCACAGCUAUUGAAGCACUCCAAGAUGAAUUACCACUUCGCAAAGCCACCUCUAACCCUAGCAUUACCCAUGAUAUUCAACUUUUGUCUACACUAUACAGUACUAAGCUAACCUCUAGCCUAACUCAGUCCUACUUAACUGACUUAAAGGGAGUUGCAAAGGUUAGUGGUGCGGACUAUGAGCGGAUACUGCUAGAAGAGCUAUCCAAAAUUCAGAAAUCAACAGAGAGUAAGGGCAUAGCUCCAUUUGAGGAGCCUACAGAGGCUCAAACCCCCCUUUUUGUCUCUGAUACAGAGGUUGUAGCCUCCUUGGAUCCUGUUCCAGCCCAGAUCAGUCAGGUCGAUUACUCGGUCAGCUCUAAAAGUGACAUCCCACCACCUACUUUAAAUCAGGGCUUUAAAGCCUCACCUGCUGCUGAGAGACCCGACUGCUGCUUGUCAACUGAACAGAUCAGUACCCCUGAAGUCCAAAGAGUGGUGGUUGAACACAUUGUGAAAAGCCAGUCUCAAGCAUACCAAGGCUCCUCUAAGUUCAGACCAUUCUCCGGGAAAAAUCCAUGUCCUAACCUGGAAGUUGACUAUGAAACCUGGCGUAGUAAUGUCGACUUCUAUCUUGCAGAUCCCACUGUCCCUGAGAGACAAGUGGUACGGAAAAUCAUAGAGAGCCUUUUGGCCCCUGCUGCCAACAUUGUGAAACAUCUUGGGCCUCUUUCACGCCCCUUGGAUUUCUUGAGCCUCCUUGAUUCGGCUUAUGGUACCGUGGAUGAUGUUGAUGAACUAUUCGCGAAAUAUCUGAACACCAAUCAAAAUGCAGGUGAAAAGCCCUCUGUGUAUUUACAUCGCCUGCAGUCCACGUUGAGCAAGGUUGUAAAAGGAGGUGGUAUUGCAGCCAGUGACUCUGACCGCCAACUGCUAAAACAGUUUUGUAGGGGUUGCUGGAACAACAGUUUAAUCACCAGUCUCCAGCUGGAGCAAAAGAAAUCCAACCCACCCCCAUUUUCUGAGCUGUUGCUGUUGCUGCGAACUGAGGAGGAUAAGCAAGCUGCAAAAUCCAACCGCAUGAAGCAGCACCUUGGAUUCUCGAAGUUAAAGGUUCAGUCCAACCCACAAAGUGUGUACUCAGACACAGGUAUGUCAGCUGAUGAUGAUGACACAACCCUUGGAGUGACAAUGAAGCUACAGAAGCAAGUUGCCCGACUCCAAGCGCAGUUGACCACCCUGAAAGCCAGUAUGGAUGAACCUUUAAACAGAACAACUCCUACUAAGGCACCAAAAGCAAAGAAAGGUAAACCAAAAGAAACAGCAAAGAGCCUUCCACAGUCCAGUGCUAAUUUUGGUAAGAGUAACAGGAGACCUCGUCCCUGGUACUGUUUCAACUGUGGUGAAGAUGGGCAUAUAGCCCCAUCGUGCACCAAUGACCCCAACCCUGAUGUUGUGGAAGCUAAACGAAAAGAACUAAAGGAAAAGCAAAGAUCCUGGGACGAACAAAACACAUCAGAUUUAAACUAAGUUCUGUUCCAGUUGAGGGACAAACUGGAACACGCAUUAAUGUCAGUCCCAAACUUAAAGCUGCAUUGAAGACACAAUCUCAUUCACCCAACUCAAAGCACAAAAUACCUAAAGGGUUAGUUGGUAGGAAAUGCACAGUUAAUGUCACUGUAGCUGGAGUGAACUGCAACUCUUUGUUGGACACUGGGUCUCA